UAAUUCAGUAAAAAAAAUGAUUAAGUAAAAAUAGAGGAUAAAACAAAAUAUCAAAUCAACUAAAAGCCAGAUUAAAAAGGUAGGUCUUGAGCCUCCCUUUAAAAACAUGAACAGUCUCUGCGGCCCUCAGGCUCUCUGAGAGGCUGUUCCACAGACGAGUUUCACAAUGACUGAAUGAGGCCUCGCCGUAUGUUUUAGUUCUAACUUUUGGUAUAACCAAAAGGCCUGUUCCAGAGGACCUCAGGCUCCGCGAGGGCUCAUACCUUAAAAUCAUAUUAGAUAAAUAAGAGGGCCCAAUACCGUAAAAACAUUUAUAAACCAAUAAAAGAAUUUUAAAAUCAAUUCUGAAUUUCACAGGGAGGCAAUGCAUCGAUUUUAAAAUCGGUGUAAUGUAUUCCCGCGACCUGGUCCUCGUCAGCACGCGUGCGGCUGAGUUUUGUAAUAGCUGAAGGUUUGAUAUCCUUUUUCUGGGAAGACCAGAGAGCAGUACAACAUUACAGUAAUCUAGUCUACUUGAAAUAAAAGCAUGCAUCAGCACGUCUGUGCUGGCAAGAGAGAGUAAUGGGCGGACUCUGGCAAUAUCAGAGUCGAAAAUCACAGCCAGGUUUCUCACGCAUUGAGAAGUUUUAUAGUUUUUUAGUUUAGAUAAAACAAACUCUCUCUUGUCUUCAGAACCGAUCACUAAAACCUGUUUUGUCCUGGCUGAGCUGUAAAAAGUUCUCUGCCAUCCAUGAUUUAAUGUCUAUAAUACAAUUUAAAAGAACGUUGACCGACUCUUCAUCAAUGUCUUGUUUUUUUCAGUUUCUGUGGUAUUUUUUUUUUUUUUGGUCGUUUGUUGUUUUCCCCAACAUUUCUAAUGACUGGAAGGAUCUUAUCAGAUCUUAUCUUAUCAACUACUUAGCAGUGUUGAACCUUAAAGUGCUCAAAUCUACAGGAACCUAUAUUGCGCUUCUGCAGAUCUACCUAUCCAGGUUUGAGUUUUACCUUUAUGUUACAAUUAAAGGUCUGCUUUAUUAGCCUCAGUAUUAAAUUAGAAAUGUAAGAAAUCAUGAGACGGAGGACGUUACCAUUUGAAACCACUUGUUUUUUUGCAGUAUUAUACUUUGUUUUUCAGGACAGAUCAUUUAUAAUUCAUAACUGUUUCAGCUUUUUUUUAACACCUCAGUCAAUUAAACAUAGUAAAUAGUAAAGUAUUAGCCCUGGUAACUAUUUCCAGAUGUAGUAAAGUUUGACACUACUUGAAAAGAGGUACUUUUUAAAUGUUGAUAUUGCCUUAAAGGUGUCAGACACUUUAUAGUCAUAGAGUUGUGACUUGACUGGCAUGCUUGGAGCACUUCCUGUGCUUAAAAGGAUAUUUUUUUUCCUACCUCUAUUAAAGUUACAAAUUCUCAGUGAUGUCAAAGGAAACUAACUCAUGUAUUAAGGCUUACAUUUCCUCCUAAAUGUUACAUUCUUCUGAAAAAUUCCCAGCCGUCUCUCACUAGUAACCAUGCAGUAGAACAAAUAAGUGUCUUUGAGUUUAUUUUUAUGGGAAAUAUUGUAUUUGUCAGUGCACAGACUGGGCAAAGUGCAUUGUUUUUUAAACUUAUGUUUAUAUAGUUGUUAAAAAAAUCACCAACUUUUUUCUGUAAAGUGUUUCCUUAAGCUUACUAAUAAAAACUUGCAUGGUUCCCUCUAUUUCAGAAAGAAAACACACAAGUUUCUUUAUUGUUUUUAAGGGUGUGUACCAUGCAAAAUCAACUUUUUGAUCUUUUAAGUGUAUCUGUGAGGGAGAGGCCUCCCCUCACCAUACUUAAGUUCAGGUACUCUUGUACAUCUUUUACACAUGUCAUUUAUUUAGUGUUUGGUUUACAAAUCCUUUUCUUCUUUGAGCUCACUUCCUGUGGGUGUGGCUGUGAGUGUACGCAUGGCUGCAUCCAGGAGACCCAGCUGAGAAUGAUCGCUGUGUUGAUCUCUGAGCUGAACCAAGUGGACUCAAGGGGGGGAUGGAUAUUUGUUUCAUUUGUUUAAUUUCUGUUCUGUUAUUUUGUUAUGUGUAGUUAAGUUAAAAUGUGUUACAUUUAAAGUGCAAGAGUAACUUGUGUCCUUUUAACUCUUCUGGGGAUGUAUGUUUAGGUGGGAAGUUUUUUUAUGAUUUCAUUUGGGUUUGGUUCAGUCUUCUACUAUUUAAGAGGGUGUUUUCUUGUUUGAUGGGGGUUUGCUGGUUGAGGGUCAUGUCCUUUUUAAGUCCUCUGUUUUUCUUGAAAGAAAAAAAAAAGAAAAUAUUAAAGCAGAAUUCUGGAAAAAUGCCUCAUCCUUGUAAAGACUACAGCUCCUCUCACACGCCGAUGUACUGAGAUCCAGCUUGGAAAGGAGAAUCCAUGACCAGAUACUCUACAGUAUCAUAAUGUUAUUUCCUAACAAAAACAACCAUAAUGUGGUAUUUUGAUUUAUUCACACAUCUGAGCAUUCCUCUAAAAUCAAGGCUGUCCAAUUCCAGGCCUCGAGGGCCGGUGUCGUACAUGUUAUCCAACCAACCUGCCACUGAAACUCCUUAUUGGCCAAACACACCUGAUCCAGGUAAUCAGCAGUAGAUAAGCCAGGGUUUCUGGUAAACCAGCAGGAGGCUGGCCCUAAAACCCUGCUCUCUGAGCACCAGCCCCUGCUAAUCCACGAAAACAAACAGGUCCUCACAUUGUGACGUCCCAAAGUGAGGAACAGCCCCCUCCAGGAAGACUCUGCGCCACCAGCACCUCCCCCAGGCUAGCACACACACCCAUUUUCCAACUUGUAUGUUUUAUAUUUACAUCUAUCUUUGCAGAAAUGUGGGUAUUUUUGUGAGUGAAACGCAGUUGCUGAGGCCGGCUCUAAGAUGACGUCAAAAAAUGGGCGGCAACCACAAAGAGGCGACAGGCGGAGCCUCAGAGAUCAAGGCAUCUUACUUCUGGGCAACAACACUGUCAGCAAAGGCAGCCAUGUCUACCCGUUCACCUUCCAGAUCCCGACAGAAGAACGGCCAUCGUCUUUUCGCGGAGCAUUUGGAAAGAUUGUUUACAGAGUGGAAGCAAACCUGAGCAGAUCCAAGAGAAAGGACAAAAAAGCGAAGGCAGAGUUCAUCGUCAUCAACAAAGGACAGAGAGAUCCUGCACUGAUGUCUCCUCAGCAGGGUAUGGUCAAUACGAAGAAGAAGGUCAUGUCUUCAGGAACCAUAACCAUGGAUGUAAAGAUUCCAAAGACAGGCUUUUACCAAGGGGAAGGCAUAAAUGUCGUGGGUUACAUUCAUAACAAAUCUUCCCGCGAUGUUACACCCAAAUACUGCCUAUACAUGAAGUGCUGCGGCUUUGUAUUAAUGAGGAGAAAAAUGGAAAAGAGAACUAUUCUCAAGGAGGAAGGGGAAGUCAUCCCUCCCUCUGCAGGAGCGACUGUCAAAAAGACCAUCAACAUCCCGCCCAUGACAGGCAUGUCCAUCUUAAACUGUGGCAUCCUUACAGUGGAGUACAGGCUCAAGUGCUAUGUGGAUGUCAAGUUUGGUGGUGGCCCAGAAUUCAAGUUCAACAUUGUCGUCCUGCCUGUGACGGAGGGGUCUGAGGAGGAGAAAACAUCAGCUUACGAUGGAUCAGACAUGCUUCCAGUUUCUUUCAUGUCCGAAGGGGGAAGUUUAUUCCAAUAAACAUCAAAAUAAUUUGACGCCUUCUUGAGAGGGUUUGAGAGAGAUUCUUGGCACACAUCUUUUUUGUUGCCUCAAAAAUUAUGUGUGAUUUUACUUCUAGAUACUUAGAAAGUGUUGAUAAAAUAGAGCCUAUAUGUACUACUAGAGAGGAAUCAAUGUAAAACAGAUCAAUUAUGUUGCAACCCAAAUUUUGUCAGAACUGAUAUUUGUAGUAUCCAUAAUGUAAUGUAACUGCAAUGUUAUUUUGUUUCAAAUCCAUUUUCCCACCAAUAAAUAAAUACAUAAAUAAA